AUGUUCGGCAGCUCCUCCACGCCUGGGAAGGAUGCAAAGGAAGAUGAAGCUGGUAUAGACGCCAAUCCGUCCAACGAGCCUCAAAAGACACCGAGUAUCGAUAUCCCCAACAAUGCCAACAACGGCGGCGAGAAGCGCUCUAGCAUCUCCGGAAGUCCUUCGGGCGCCUCCGCCGAUGAUGCAACCUCGACAGAAAAGAAGCGCCGCAGUAGUGGUGUCUCGCGGGCGAGAGAGAUGCUCUCAAGCGCCAAGCAGUCGUUAUCACUCCACAGCUCGUCGCCUACCUCGCCUUCGACGGAGAGGAACCCGCAAACUCCAAUCCAGAAGCUGAGCAAGUCCGACCCGGCCCUCAGCGUCCCUCAGGGAGCACUAAACAACUCUGCGGGCGAGUCUGCACCCGGCCCUCAUUCCACGUUCAAAGUUGGCGUUACGGAAGACAAGAACAAGAAAUGCCGGAGAACCAUGGAAGAUACCCAUGCCUACCUGUACAACUUUCUCAGUACGCCGGCACCCUCGCUCGAGCAGCAUUCGAAGCGCAAGAGCUCUUCAUCGACGCAGGACUCAAGACCGAGCCUCUCCGAGAUGGCGGAACAACCCGUACAAGAAACCGACAACGGGUAUUUCGCGAUCUUUGAUGGACAUGCCGGCACAUUCGCGGCGGAUUGGUGCGGCAAGAAACUUCAUCUUCUUCUUGAAGAUGCCAUCCGGAGACAACCGAACACGCCAAUCCCCGAACUCUUGGACCAGACGUUCACCAGUGUCGAUCAGCAGCUUGAAAAGCUUCCAUUGAGAAACAGCGGUUGCACUGCCGUUAUAGCGGUCCUUAGAUGGGAAGAUCGAGUCCCCAAUUCUCAAUCUGCGACUGGCUCAUCUGCGAUUGCACCGCUCGCUGCUGCUGCAUCUGCUAAGGCUGCGGAUACAUCCACGGAUGCGGGCGCGGGUACGAACCAACAACAGCUCACUGCGCAGGCCAGUGCGGUUAAUUCCGGGUCUGUGCCUCCUCAAGUUGAUGCCAACAACCAACCAGGAACCGAGGCCAAGCUCCGCGAAUCUGCUCAACGCCAACGUGUACUGUAUACCGCGAAUGUUGGCGAUGCACGUAUCGUUCUUUGCCGAAAGGGCAGGGCCCUCCGUUUGUCGUACGAUCACAAGGGCAGCGAUGAGAACGAGGGAAGACGCAUUGCGAACGCUGGUGGACUUAUUCUCAACAACCGCGUCAAUGGUGUCCUUGCUGUGACUCGUGCACUGGGAGAUUCGUACAUGAAGGAUCUUGUCACAGGACAUCCAUAUACUACCGAGACUGUUAUUCAGCCUGAUCAAGAUGAAUUCAUCAUUUUGGCUUGCGAUGGAUUGUGGGACGUUUGCUCCGACCAAGAGGCCGUAGAUCUCGUUCGCAAUAUCGCGGAUCCGCAAGCUGCUUCUAAGCACCUCGUCGACCAUGCUCUUGCUCGAUUCUCCACCGACAAUCUUUCUUGCAUGAUAGUGCGCUUUGACAACGAAGCCCUUUUUAAGCGCCAAAGCGACAUGUCCUUGGGUGUCGAAGGCGACCCGGCUCAUAAAAAGGGAAGCGUGAGCGAGACUGAUUCAAUUGUGGGAUUGGCAAAGAAGCAGCUUGGCGACGUUGGCGAGAUGGAUAUCGAACAGGUCAGCAGCGACAUGAUUCUCGAAGAGGAGGAAGCGGACCCGGGCCCUGAGCUGAAUCCGCAGGCGCUUGAGGCGGCUAGAAAGGAUAACAAGAAAGACAAGGCACAGGUUUAA